AUGCCGUCCAAGGCCGCCAACAGUUCCGCAGGGGGCCAGGUUAGCAAUCGCCUGCGCAACUUCUUCCGCAUGAACAGCAGCGCGAGUAGCAUCGCCGAAAAGGAAAGAGGCAGCAACUCCCUCAGCCUGAACAACGUGCCCACGGGCAGCGGCAGCGGCAGUGACUCGCAUUCUUCCAAGACGUCUCGACACACCAAGCUGUUCAACAGCACCGUCGGCCGCCUGAGGUCACAUACCGUCGCCAGCGAGAGCAACAAGCUGGAGGAGGCAAUGAGCCCGACGGCCCUGGCCAACCCCUACUUUGCCCACCAGGGCCAGCCCGGCCUGCGCCAUCACAACGAAGGCUCUGUGCCCCCGAGUCCUCCCGACACGCCGACCCUCAAGGUAUCAGGCCCGGACGGCACCGAGGCCGAGCAGGCCACGAGCGAGACCAAGGAAGAGCUGGCCCGCAGGUUACGGAGGGUUGCUAGUGCGCCCAACGCCCAGGGGCUUUUUGCGAGCGCGGGCAACAAAGGCGAGCGCCCCGGCACCGCUGAACUCGGCAAAGACCCCUUGAUCCAGAACGCCAAGUCAGGGUCGCUGGGUCUUGUCGACGGCAAGGCCGACGCCGCGCAGCUGCUGCACACCGAAGACACUCUGGGCGCUCUGCCUCCGCCGCAGACUCCAUUGGCCUUCCGCAGGACGUACAGUUCCAACUCGAUCAAGGUUCGGGACGUCGAGGUGGGCCCGUCCAGCUUCGACAAGAUCAAGCUCAUCGGCAAGGGUGAUGUGGGCAAAGUCUACCUGGUGAGGGAGAAGAAGAGCAACAGGCUCUAUGCCAUGAAAGUCUUGAGCAAGAAGGAGAUGAUUAAGCGAAACAAGAUCAAGCGCGCGCUCGCCGAGCAGGAAAUCCUCGCGACGAGCAACCAUCCGUUCAUCGUCACCCUCUACCACUCGUUCCAGUCCGAAGACCAUCUUUACCUGUGCAUGGAGUACUGCAGUGGAGGCGAGUUCUUCCGAGCGCUCCAGACUCGGCCCGGCAAGUGCAUACCUGAGGAUGACGCCCGGUUCUACGCCGCCGAGGUCACGGCUGCGUUGGAAUACCUCCAUCUCAUGGGGUUCAUCUAUCGAGAUUUAAAGCCGGAGAAUAUCCUGCUUCACCAGUCCGGCCACAUCAUGUUGUCCGACUUUGAUUUGUCAAAGCAGUCUGGCCCCGGCGGCAAGCCCACGAUGAUUGUCGGCAAGAACGGAGCCAGGACGGACUCUCUGCCGACCAUUGACACGCGAUCAUGUAUUGCUGACUUCAGGACGAACUCGUUUGUCGGCACCGAAGAAUACAUUGCUCCCGAGGUCAUCAAGGGCAGCGGCCACACGAGCGCGGUGGACUGGUGGACGCUGGGCAUUCUCAUCUACGAGAUGCUCUACGGAACGACGCCGUUCAAGGGCAAGAACCGAAACGCUACCUUUGCCAACAUCCUGCGCGAGGACAUUCCCUUUCCCGACCACACCGGAGCGCCGCAGAUUUCCAACCUCUGCAAAUCACUCAUCAGGAAGCUGUUGAUCAAGGACGAGAACCGGAGGUUAGGUGCCCGGGCUGGCGCCUCCGACAUCAAAGCCCACCCCUUCUUCCGCACCACCCAGUGGGCGCUGAUUCGCCAUAUGAAGCCGCCGAUUAUCCCCAACCAGGGCCGUGGCAUUGACACCAUCAAUUUCAGAAACGUCAAGGAGAGCGAGAGCGUCGACAUUAGCGGGGCCAAGGCCGUUGGUGUCCCCCUGGAUAGCGGGCUGGCGACUCCCGGCACCGAGGCUACCGAUCCGUUCCUCGAGUUCAACAGCGUCACGCUUCAUCACGAUGACGAUGUGCAGUUUCACGACAUAAAUUACGCGUCGUCACCUUCAUCUUGA